AUGGCUCCUAAAGGAGAUGGUAUUACUUCUGGCACGUCCUUUUUAGGCUCUACUACUGAGCAAAUCUCAUACAGCAUAAGCACAAGGAGAAACAUCACCAUUGAAAUCACCAAUUACAGCAAAACGCACGCCUUAGAAAAUCCAAGGUUCUACAACAGAAGUGGAUACUGUUUCCAUACGCCACCUUCUGUGAUCGCAAAAAACACCAAAGAAGAGUGCUCUUUCUCCAAAAUUGCGUACGCUGCUUGUGGUGCCGUCGGGGUGCUGACGUACCAAAUCCUCUCAAACAAAAAGCACUGUGUUGCUGAGCUGGCCAUCAUGUUCUCCGUGCCUUUUGGCUACAACUUGUAUGAAAACUGGUUUGCUCUCGGCAUUUAUCAAGGAGCUGUUUCAGUUGAUUAUGAUCUUUUCAAACAGAUGUAUUACGGCAGUGGUCCAUUCACCAGAUGCAGAGGAACAUGGAAUCCCAUAAAUCAUUCAGGACAGCGAAUGAUUGUGAAGGGAAGGAUGUCUCAUGCAGGCCAAUCAAUUAUGAAGGUUGAAUUUAAGGAUGUGGUCUUCACCAGCAGAGGAUACCCUUACAACUCCCCUCACCCUACGAUACAGAGGAGGACGAUGGAGGCGUGCUCCUUCACCAAAACUGCAGGAACAGCCUGCGGAGCUGUCGGGGUCCUCACGACCAUCACCACAUGCAAAACUCAGAAGCCGUGGAUGACUGCUGAGGUGCACACGCUGCUGAAGGCCCAUGACUCAGCCUUUAGAGCGGGUGACAGAGCGGCCCUAAGAACAGAGUGGGCCAAACUGUCAUGA